AAGGAACUAGGAGACCUGGGGAGAGAAAAGGGGGAGGCAGGGGGUGCUUAUUGGGCCACAGGGCGGGGCUAACCCCCGAGGUCACCACGCCCUGGAUAAAGGGCUGCAGAGCCAGCACAGGUGGCAGAACCUUCGUUUCUCGAGUCGCCUCAGGACCUCAGACAUGAAGCUCUUCAUCCCCGCCCUGCUGUUCCUCGGGACACUUGGACUGUGUCUGGCUGCCCCUAAGAAAGGGGUUCGAUGGUGUGUCAUAUCCACAGCAGAGUAUUCAAAAUGCCGCCAGUGGCAAUCAAAGAUAAGAAGAACUAAUCCCAUCUUCUGCAUAAGGAGGGCUUCUCCCACUGACUGUAUCCGGGCCAUCGCGGCAAAAAGGGCAGAUGCUGUGACCCUUGAUGGUGGUUUGGUGUUUGAAGCAGACCAGUACAAACUGCGGCCGGUAGCAGCGGAGAUCUACGGGACAGAAGAGAAUCCCCAAACCUACUAUUAUGCUGUGGCUGUAGUGAAGAAAGGUUUCAACUUUCAGCUGAACCAGCUACAAGGUCGAAAGUCCUGCCACACAGGCCUUGGCAGGUCUGCCGGGUGGAAUAUCCCUAUAGGGUUACUUCGCCGGUUCUUGGACUGGGCAGGGCCACCUGAGCCCCUCCAGAAAGCUGUGGCCAAAUUCUUCUCUCAGAGCUGUGUGCCCUGCGCAGAUGGAAAUGCGUAUCCCAACCUGUGUCAGCUGUGCAUAGGGAAAGGGAAAGAUAAAUGUGCUUGUUCCUCCCAGGAACCGUAUUUUGGCUAUUCCGGUGCCUUCAACUGUCUGCACAAAGGGAUUGGAGAUGUGGCUUUUGUCAAGGAGAGUACAGUGUUUGAGAACCUGCCACAGAAGGCUGACCGGGACAAAUACGAGCUACUCUGCCCAGACAAUACUCGAAAGCCAGUGGAAGCAUUCAGGGAGUGCCACCUUGCCCGGGUCCCUUCUCAUGCUGUUGUGGCCCGAAGUGUGAAUGGCAAGGAGAACUCCAUCUGGGAGCUUCUCUACCAGUCACAGAAAAAGUUUGGAAAAAGCAAUCCACAGGAGUUCCAGCUCUUUGGCUCUCCUGGUCAGCAGAAGGACCUCCUGUUUAGAGAUGCUACCAUCGGGUUUUUGAAGAUCCCCUCAAAGAUAGAUUCUAAGCUGUACCUGGGCCUCCCGUACCUUACUGCCAUCCAGGGCCUGAGGGAAACGGCAGCGGAGGUGGAGGCGCGGCAGGCGAAGGUCGUGUGGUGCGCCGUGGGUCCAGAGGAGCUGCGCAAGUGCCGGCAGUGGAGCAGCCAGAGCAGCCAGAACCUGAACUGCAGCCUGGCCUCCACCACCGAGGACUGCAUCGUCCAGGUGCUGAAAGGAGAAGCUGAUGCUAUGAGCUUGGAUGGAGGAUUUAUCUACACUGCGGGCAAGUGUGGUUUGGUGCCUGUCCUGGCAGAGAACCAAAAAUCUCGCCAAAGCAGUAGCUCAGACUGUGUGCAUAGACCAACACAAGGGUAUUUUGCCGUGGCGGUUGUCAGGAAAGCAAAUGGUGGUAUCACCUGGAACUCUGUGAGAGGCACGAAGUCCUGCCACACUGCUGUGGACAGGACAGCAGGCUGGAACAUCCCCAUGGGCCUGCUUGUCAACCAGACAGGCUCCUGCAAAUUUGACGAAUUCUUUAGUCAAAGCUGUGCUCCUGGGUCUCAGCCGGGAUCCAAUCUCUGUGCACUGUGUGUUGGCAAUGACCAGGGCGUGGACAAGUGUGUGCCCAACAGUAAUGAGAGAUACUAUGGUUACACCGGGGCUUUCAGGUGCCUGGCUGAGAAUGCUGGGGAUGUGGCGUUUGUGAAAGAUGUCACUGUCUUGGACAACACGAAUGGACAGAACACAGAAGAGUGGGCCAGGGAAUUGAGGUCAGAUGACUUUGAGCUGCUGUGCCUUGAUGGCACCAGGAAGCCUGUGACUGAGGCUCAGAACUGUCACCUGGCUGUGGCCCCCAGUCAUGCUGUGGUCUCUCGGAAGGAAAAGGCAGCACAGGUGGAACAGGUGCUACUCACUGAGCAGGCUCAGUUUGGAAGAUACGGAAAAGACUGCCCGGACAAGUUUUGCUUGUUCCGGUCUGAGACCAAAAACCUUCUGUUCAACGACAACACGGAGUGUCUGGCCCAACUCCAAGGCAAAACAACAUACGAAAAAUAUUUGGGAUCAGAGUAUGUCACAGCCAUCGCUAACCUGAAACAGUGCUCAGUCUCCCGUAAGUAGAACUUAGGUGGUAGCAUCACUGAGAAUCCACUGUAGGUAAAGGUCAAGCUUGGAGGAGCAAACAUUCUAGGAAUGGGGUGGAUCUAAAAACACUAAGGCGGAGUUCCCGUUGUGGCGCAGUGGUUAACGAAUCUGACUAGGAACCAUGAGGUUGCCGGUUCGGUCCCUGCCCUUGCUCAGUGGGUUAACGAUUGGGCGUUGCCGUGAGCUGUGGUGUAGGUUGCAGACGCGGCUCGGAUACUGCGUUGCUGUGGCUCUGGCGUGGGCUGGUGGCUACAGCUCCGAUUCGACCCCUAGCCUGGGAACCUCCAUAUGCCGCGGGAGCGGCCCAAGAAAUAGCAACAACAACAACAAAAGACAAAAAGACAAAAGACAAAAAAAUAAAAAAAUAAAAAAAAUAAAAACACUAAGGCAACGCAAUGUCUCUAUACCUUAGGAAAUCACCCUCUUAUUGAUGAAGUGAAAGAAUUAGAGAAUAAAAUAAAACAGUGGAUAAUAUGUCACAUUUUUAUAAUGCUGGUAGUGACUAUAAAUGUAUGUAUGUAUAUACUUUCACACAUAUGUAGACACGUAUGUACAUAUAUAUUGAGCAAUGACAAAUUCUGGUUUCUAGAGAGUUACCAUAAGUACUAACCAUAAAUAAUACAAAUUCUCAAAAAACAUUUUAGCCAGGAAAACGUAUUGGUAAUAACCAAAUCCUUUUAAAACACUUCGAAGAUAUAGCAGAGUAUCGUAAGGCUCCAGCCCGAUGCUUCUUACAGGUCAGCAAGUUCUGCCUCUUCUGUGCACUGGGACCAUCCAGAGUCCUAAUUCCGGUCCUGCACCAAGGGAGUUGGAGGUGUUGGUGGGAUUGUGUGGUGGUCCAGGCAUGGAGGGGAGGGCUGAGAAUCUGUGUUCUCAAGGAGGGUGGCAGAUUUUGCACCUGAGGUGUUUGGCAAUAUCAGGAGGUAUUUUUAAUUCUCGUGACCUAGGAGUGCUGCCGGUAUCUGUGGGUAGAAGCUAGGAUGCUACUAAACAAGGCGCAGGAACAGCCUUUACAGAAAAGAAUUACCUGCUUCGAAUGUCCCAAAUGUCAGUAGUGCCAAGGUUGGGACCAGCAACAUCUCAGGGAAAUGAGAUGCAGGUGGAUCUAGGGCUAUACUUAAAACAUCCCCCUGCAGGGCUACUCUUGGGAGCAGCCUGCUCAGGAUCACACAGACAGUAUACCCCUUGAGGGCAGGGCUUAUCUGUCAGUGUUGAAUCUCCAGCAGGUGCUCAAGAGGAAUGUGUGGGUGAGAGAGUGAAUGGGUAGCUGGACAGUAAGGCAAACAGAUUUGCAUGAAGAUGGUCAGUUACUCCUAUUCCAGAAGAAUUUUGAGAACUGUCAGUGCCUUGUGAGCUUGAGAGUGUGACAGUUGAUUCAGUUGGAGACAAGGGGUUGGGGGCUGUGUCACUCAGGCCAGAGCAGGGAAUCCCCCAGCUUGGUGAGGACUGGAGCUGCUGUGCCCUCCCUGAGACUCUGAAGCUCUUGGCAGGAGGGGCUGUGGGGAAAUGUAGGAUAGUAAGCCUUGACUUGGGGUGGUGGGAGAGGGGCAGAGGAAGGUCUGUUUUAGUGUCCUCCUUAAUUGAUGUACUGAUUUUUUAAAAAGCAAUCAGUUUCUGAAUCUCGUGUUUUGUUGUGUCCACAGCGCUUCUGGAAGCCUGUGCCUUCAUGAUGAGGUAAAACCGGAAAAGAAGCUGCCCCGCCUCCCCAGGGGCCUCAGCUUUCCCUCCUCCCGUCUUGAUUCCCAGCUGCCCUGGGCCUGCCUCUCUCCCUUCCUGAGGGCAGACUUUGUUCAGCUCAUCCGUUUUCACAAUUCCCUGCUGGCCUCUUAGCAAGAAAUAAAAUUAGAAAUUCUGUUGAUGUUCAUUCCCUA